AUGCAUGCAACAGACCAAGAGAUGUCACAAGAACGAUUCAAAGUCAUCAUUGUCGGAGGCUCCGUCACAGGCCUCACGCUGGCUCACAGCCUGCAUAAAAUCGGAGUGGAUUACACAAUCCUAGAGAAACGAUCGACUAUUGCACCGCAAGAAGGAGCGUCGAUUGGGAUCCUACCAAACGGAGCUCGCGUGUUGGACCAACUUGGACUAUAUGGGGCCAUCGAGCGGGCCACUGCACCUCUCGGGGCUACCAAUAUUCGUUUCCAAGAUGGCUUCCACUUUAGCAGUCCUUAUCCGAAGAAGAUACUUGAAAACUUUGGAUACCCUAUUGCCUUCUUGGAAAGACGGAAACUGCUAGAGAUUUUGUACGAUGCCUUGCCCGAUAAGGCCGAAGCCAGGGUCAACAAGACAGUCUCCAGCAUUGAUCAACAGACAGGGGACGGGAAAAGCGGCGUCCGAGUCAGGACCCUAGACGGAGAUGUGUACGAGGGUGACAUGGUUGUUGGGGCAGACGGAGUGCAUAGUAGAACCCGGAGUGAAAUGUGGCGCUUGUCCAGCUCGUCAGGACUAGCUGAGAUCUCGGCGAGCGAAAGGAGCAGCAUGUCGGUCGAGUACUCCUGCUGUUUCGGCAUUUCUACGGGGAUGCCUGAGCUCAAGCCCGGAGAGCAAGUCAUGCGCAUCUACUAUGGUCGAACUUUGGUGGUGAUCCCGUCCAAAGAUGGGCUAGUCUUCUGGUUCUUGAUACAAAAGCUUGACCAGAAAUACAAGUAUGGCGAUGCCCCUCGCUUUACCUCCGAGCAGGCUGCCGCACAAUGCUUGCAACUGGCGGAUGCCCCAAUUGCAAAAGACGUCCGAUUCGGGCAUGUGUGGCGGAAUCAACAGAUCUUCAACAUGGUCGCUUUGGAAGAGAAGGUCUUUCAGACUUGGUCUUUCGGCCGUUUGGUAUGCAUCGGCGACAGCAUGCACAAGAUGACAGUCAACCUCGGACAAGGCGCCAACUGCGCCAUUGAAGACGUUGCCGUCCUUUCCAACCUGCUACGCGACUGCCUGGGGAAGAAAAACGCCACGAAGCCAACAUAUAAGGAGCUUGAUGCCCUGCUGCGCCGCUUCAACCACAUGCACUUAUCGAGAGUCACUUCGAAAGCCGGCCUUUCAACAUGA